AUGGGCUUCUUUGUACGGUUUAUCCUGAUGUUCCUUUUUUGUAUUAAAUCAGUCAUUUCGUAUGCACUAUAACAAGUAAAAACAGGUUGUUUGCCUGUUUACAGUAGGAUACUAACAAUCCCCCUGCAGCUGCAGACUGGUGUUUAUAGACUUAGAAUUUAUACACAGCACCUGACUCCACGUAGUUCUUUUUUGCACAGCUCACCAUUCUAAACCCAGCUGGGCACAGCAAUGUAGUAGGUAGGUGCAGUGUGUGGAAGCUGCAAACUAGUAGGCCCUUUAUUCACUGAUUUCUUUCCACAAAUAAUGGAUUUUAAAUCUACAUGUACCUAUUUGUUUUUUUUCCCCUGAAACUUCAACUGAGCUGCUGUUUUCUUCCAUGCAAUAUUGUAUACUCAAUUGUGUAUAGAAGAAGCUGGUAAGAGUGCCCUCCUACAUAAAUAAGCAAUUGCAGUGUUUGCAUGCAAAAUUUUAAAAAUUUAAAUUGUCCUGAUUCUAUUUUGUAAAUGGAGAAACAAUCAUAUCUUUCUAAGCAGUAAUGAAGGAAGACUAGUGCUUUGUGCAUUUUGAUAUAUUUGAGUUCAUUUUUCCACAAUGUCAUACUUUUGACACAAUUGGGUUUCUCAUAAGUAUCCUAGUUCAUGUACAUCCGAAUGCUAAAUAAUACUGUGUUUCAGUUUUGUGUUGCAAGAACAAAUGGAAUAAACUUGAAUUGUGCUACAGCUAA